AUGGGAGCGCCCUACCCCCAGACCGUGUCCUUGAGAAACCGUGCUACGAACGAAUCAUCUCUGCUAGAAUGCCUACAGGUUGCGCCACCAGUCCUGAGUCCAGUUGAUGCAUGCCAGCAGACAUUGAUGGUCCAUACAUUUGCCUCCUCGUACGGACAGCCAUUCGUGGGAGAAUACAAUCCGCCGGAGUGCAGCUUCAACAGGGUUACCUUCAACUUUACCGUUACCUCUGCCGGCCGGCAGUUUGACCGACUCGGUGUGAUGUUCCUUGAUGAUACCGAAGUGUUCCGUACUUCCACCGCCGAGCCAACACAAGCCGGCAUAAUAUGGACAUAUGUCAAGGACAUGAGUAGCUAUCAAUCUCUGUUCAAUACGCCACAAAAGAUAAUCUUCGACCUCGGUAAUAUCGUCGAUGAUACAUACACCGGCUCCUGGUACACCACGCUGACUGCAACAUUCUUUACCGCCGAGGAUGCUAUCGAGCCCGCGGAUGUUAUCAUCCCAAUCUCGGCACGGAAGUCGGGUCAAGAUGCAUCCAGCGUAUUCGUCGUACCGGAGACAAGAGCAGUCAACAGCGUUGUGCUUCCGCAGAAUGCGACGAAGGCCGCCUUCUCCAUCUCCGCAUGUGGCCAGGCUGCCGAGGAGUUCUGGUGGAGCAAUGUAUUGCAAUCCGACAUCAAUGCGUUCGGCAACGACACUACGCUAUACGGUCACUCGGCCUUCCGAGAACUCCGUCUUCUGAUCGACGGAUCGCUGGCUGGAGUCGCCUGGCCCUUUCCCGUCAUCUUCACUGGUGGCGUUGUUCCUGGCUUCUGGAGACCCAUCGUAGGCAUCGAUGCAUUCGAUCUGCGAGAAGACGAAAUCGACAUCACUCCGUUCAUACCACUGCUCAGCGACGGCCAACCCCAUAGCUUCGAGAUUCAGGUUGUGGGCGUCGAUGAUGACGGUCAUGGGAACGGGAACUUUACGACAGCGAUCGAAUCGAAUUGGGUGGUUACUGGAAAGAUCUUUGUUUGGCUCGGCGCUGAUAACAACGCUAUUACAGGUCCUGCACCAAUCUCUGCCUCGACAUCCAGUAUCGUACUACACUCGUCGAAACGCGGAUACUUGAACAGCAGCGCAGGCAUCUCCCUCGACUACUCUAUUCAAGUCACUCGCGAUUUAGAAAUCCAAUCCACGUUCGACAUGCCUGAAGGAUCCAAAGCAGUUACCUGGACCCAGAAGCUCACCUACUCCAACGUUGGAACUCUCAGCAACGGCGGUAACGACCAAAUCGUACGUCAGUCGACGACCGGUACACAUACAGCAUCAACAGAUUAUUCCAAAAGCUUCGAAUACCCUCUAUGGGUGCAAUCGUCCUACAGCGCACCAGCAGGCGGCAACGUCAGCAUCAACGCGAGCAUGUCGCGAAGCAAAAACGUGCAGCAACAAGGCGACCUAGCCUUCCCAAAUGACUGGAAGACAUCCGACUACACGCGUCUAAGCUUGACGCCCUACAACAACCAGACCUUCACCGGCUCAGACGUGGACAACUGGCAAAAUGGCACAGCAUCCUACCUCUCGGUCCCCGCACUGAAAAAGUCCUUCGGAUCAGGCAGCACAGAGCAGCGCCUCACACUCAGCGGUGUAUCCACCGGAUCACAAGACGCAGCACCCCAGCAACUCUACCAAAGGCACAUUGCCGCCACCAACGACUCGGUCGUGUAUGACGACGAGAGCUUCGGCGGUCAGCUGCGAGGUCAGAGCAAGUAUGCCGCUCCCAGCGCGCCGGGCACGCAAGACGUCGCGCAUGAGUAUGCGGCUGCAGGCGUUAGAGCGAUGCUAGGAAGGGGGCCAGCUUAG